AAAAGCAUAAAUCACGUUAAGGCAAUCACGCCCGUACACGACCCUCUCCCCGCCGCGAUCCGGAGGACGGGGCCGCUGUUUCGGCCCUGCGGGCUUCCACGGGACCGCCCCGCUCCCGCCAGCCCCGGGGCCACGGCGCCGGGAGGCGGCCGCGGGGGGCGCGGAACGAUCGCGGCGCAGGGAGGCGGCGGGGGCCGGGCGGGGAGGAGGCGGGGCCGGGGCGGGGCCGGGCGGGGCGCUCCCGCCCUGCGCGAUCCAGUCCGGGCUUUGUCUCCGCCUCCGCCGGCGGAGCCGCGUCCCAGGGGCAGGGAGCGGGGGGCCGGGAGCGGGAGCUGGGAGCAGGAGCCGGAGCCGGAGUCAGCCGGAGCCGGAGUCGGAGCCGGGCGGAGCAGCGCAGCGCAGCGCAGCGGCAAGCAGCCGGCGCCCCCAGCCCCAUGCCCGGCAGCCCGGGGCUAGGAGCCACCGCGCUUUCCUGGCGGGCGCCGCCGGCCCCGGAGUUUUGCUGAAGCAGCCUUCGCGCCGGGGAGCGCUUUUGGUAGAAAGGGAGCAGGACGAGACCCCGAAAUGACUUACCUCCCGCGGCACGGCUGAAGGGGACUUGCUGGAGUGGAACCGUAGUGGAAUUUGGGUUUGGAGAGGAGUUGCUAACGCUUUUUUAUUAUUAUUAUUAUUAUUUUUCCCCGUUCUCUCCCCUCUUUUCGCCCAUCAUUGGAAAUGAACAAAUUGCAUUUGCAAUUCAGAAAGUAGAAAUACUAAAUACUCCGCCCGUCCCCCGCGAAGCACACAUGUAGUAAUGACAAAGGAUUGCAAAGGAGAGAGUGGCUCCAGUUUCCCAGAGAGAUCCCCUUAAAUGGAUUACUAAAUGGGACACUACAUCAGCUAGUUCUGUCCUCUAGCUGCCUAGAUACAUGCACCGACAAGGGUGAAGUGAAGAAGUAAAUUCUCCCAGCUGAACUACUAUGAGGUCAGAAGCCUUGCUGCUAUAUUUCACACUGCUACACUUUGCUGGGGCUGGUUUCCCAGAAGAUUCUGAGCCGAUCAGUAUUUCGCAUGGCAACUAUACAAGACAGUAUCCGGUGUUUGUGGGUCACAAGCCGGGACGGAACACCACGCAGAGGCACCGGCUGGACAUCCAGCUGGUCAUGGUCAUGAACAGAACCCUCUACGUUGCUGCUAGGGACCAUAUUUAUACUGUUGAUAUGGACACAUCACAUACAGAAGAAAUUUAUUUUAGCAAAAAAUUGACAUGGAAAUCUAGACAAGCUGAUGUAGACACUUGCAGAAUGAAGGGAAAACAUAAGGAUGAAUGUCAUAAUUUUAUUAAGGUUCUCCUAAAAAGAAAUGAGGAUACAUUGUUUAUCUGUGGAACAAAUGCAUUCAACCCUUCUUGCAGGAACUACAAGAUGGAUACACUGGAGUUCCUGGGAGAUGAGUUCAGUGGAAUGGCCAGGUGCCCCUACGAUGCAAAGCAUGCCAACGUUGCAUUGUUUGCAGAGGGAAAGUUGUAUUCUGCUACAGUGACUGACUUCCUUGCGAUAGAUGCAGUCAUAUACCGGAGCCUUGGAGACAGCCCAACUCUGCGGACAGUGAAACAUGACUCAAAGUGGUUGAAAGAACCAUACUUUGUCCAGGCAGUGGACUACGGCAAUUAUAUUUACUUCUUCUUCCGGGAAAUAGCAGUGGAGUACAACAGCAUGGGAAAGGUAGUUUUCCCAAGGGUGGCUCAGGUUUGCAAAAAUGACAUGGGAGGAUCUCAGAGAGUGCUGGAAAAACAGUGGACUUCCUUUCUCAAGGCUCGUUUGAACUGCUCAGUUCCUGGCGAUUCGCACUUCUAUUUCAAUAUACUGCAGGCAGUUACAGAUGUUAUCCAUUUCAAUGGCCGGGAUGUUGUUUUAGCAACCUUCUCCACUCCAUAUAAUAGCAUCCCUGGCUCUGCAGUCUGUGCCUAUGACAUGCUUGACAUUGCCAAUGUAUUUACUGGGAGAUUCAAAGAACAAAAGUCUCCAGAUUCCACAUGGACACCAGUUCCUGAUGAACGAGUGCCCAAACCCAGGCCUGGUUGCUGUGCUGGCUCUACAUCAUUAGAGAAAUAUGUAACCUCUAAUGAGUUCCCAGACGAUACUCUGAAUUUCAUCAAAACACAUCCACUGAUGGAUGAGGCCGUACCUUCUAUUGUCAAUCGACCCUGGUUCCUGAGAACGAUGGUCAGAUACCGCCUGACCAAAAUUGCUGUUGACUCUGCUGCUGGGCCAUAUCAGAACUACACUGUGGUUUUCUUGGGAUCAGAGAAGGGAAUCAUCCUGAAGUUCUUGGCACGGACGGGAAACAGUGGUUUCCUAAAUGACAGCCUUUUCCUGGAGGAGAUGAACGUUUACAAUCCUGAAAAGUGCAGUUAUGAUGGCGUGGAAGACAAGCGGAUUGUGGGUAUGCAGCUUGACAAGCCCAGCAGUGCCCUUUAUGUUGCCUUCUCUACCUGCGUCAUCAAGGUUCCCCUGGGGCGGUGUGAGCGCCAUGGCAAAUGCAAAAAGGCCUGCAUAGCAUCCCGAGACCCCUACUGCGGCUGGGUGAAGGAGAGCGGGGUGUGCACACAGCUGGUCCUUGGCGCUAAGCUGGCAUUUGAGCAGGACAUAGAACAUGGCAAUACAGAUGGCCUGGGUGACUGCCAAAAUUCCUUCGUAGCCCUGAAUGACAUUUCAACUGCUUCACCCGAUCAUGAAAUGUCUUACGACACAGUGUAUGGACACUCCAGUUCACUAGUUCCAAGCACCACCUCUUCCAACUCUCGGGCUCGACAGGGUUAUGAUGCUAGGGGACGCAUGCUGGAUUGGAAGGAUCCGCUUGGUUCAUCCGAAAAUACAGACCCAUAUGUGGCAGUUUCAUCCCAUAAUCAUCAAGACAAGAAGGGAGUGAUUCGGGAGAGUUACCUGAAGGGUCACGAUCAGCUGGUGCCAGUUACCCUGCUGGCCAUUGCAGUAAUUCUUGCUUUUGUCAUGGGGGCCGUCUUUUCGGGAAUCAUAGUGUACUGCAUCUGCGACCACCGCCGCAGAGAUGUAGCUGUUGUGCAGAGGAAGGAGAAGGAGCUCACCCACUCCCGCCGCGGCUCCAUGAGCAGCGUUACCAAGCUCAGCGGCCUCUUCGGAGAUGCUCAGUCCAAGGAGCCAAAGCCUGAAGCUAUCCUCACGCCCCUGAUGCACAAUGGCAAGCUGGCGACCCCAGGCAGCACUGCCAAGAUGCUAAUCAAGGCCGACCAGCACCACCUGGACUUAGCUGCCCUGCCAACCCCUGAGUCUACCCCAACCCUGCAACAGAAGAGGAAGCCGAGCCGUGGCAGCAGGGAAUGGGAAAGAAACCAGAACCUCAUCAAUGCCUGCACAAAAGAUAUCCCUCCAAUGGCCUCUCCCGUGAUCCCAACCGACCUGCCGCUCAGGGCUUCUCCUAGCCACAUCCCUAGCGUUGUGGUCCUGCCCAUUUCCCAGCAAGGCUACCAGCAUGAGUACGUCGACCAGCCAAAAAUGAGCGAUGGGGCUCAGAUGUCUGUGGAGGACCAGAAUGCUACCCUUGAGUACAAAACCAUCAAGGAUCACCUCAGCAGCAAAAGCCCCAGCCACGGGGUUAACCUGGUGGAGAGUCUCGACAGCAUGCCGCCAAAGGUGCCCCAGCGGGAAGCCUCCCUUGGGCCCCCAAGCACCUCGCUGUCCCAGAGUGGCCUGAGCAAGCGGCUGGAAAUGCAUUCCUCUGCCUACAGCGUGGACUACAAGAGGAACUACCCAACAAAUUCGCUCACAAGAAGUCACCAGGCAUCAACUCUCAAAAGAAACAACACCAACUCCUCUAACUCGUCCCACCUCUCCCGAAACCAGAGCUUCGGCAGGGGUGACAACCCACCACCCGCUCCACAGCGAGUGGACUCCAUACAGGUCCACGCCGCGCAGGCACAGGCCGUGACUGUAUCUCGACAGCCGAGUCUCACCGCGUACAACUCUCUGACGAGGUCAGGGCUGAAACGCACGCCCUCGCUAAAGCCAGACGUACCUCCCAAACCUUCUUUUGCUCCACUGUCCACAUCCAUGAAGCCCAAUGAUGCAUGUACAUAAUCACAGUGGGGUGGGGGGUAGAACAGCAAUUAAGCAGAGGUUGCCCUUGAAAGCCAGUGUUCUGCAACUGCUCCUCUGAGAAGAUGGUUGUUGCAAGCUGAGGAUGUGUUGAUUCUGCUCUCUGGGAAAAGUGGAAUAUUUUUUUAACCCGAGCCAUAUGACCCAUGGUUGAAGGUUUGCAACUGCAGGACUCUCCCCCACAGCCCUCCGGUUCUUUGCUCAAAAGACUAACUCUCCAUCACAAACAUUGAGCCAAAAGCACACAGGUGAAAGAUGACCGUGACGUUUCACCCUCCCAACUGCACAGUGCAUUCCUGAACUGGGAAAGAGUGCUCUGAAAAGCAAAACCCAUAAUUACAAAAACAAAAGAAAAAAAAUAUUAAAAAAAUAAAUAAAUAAAAAAGAAUGCAUUGAUAAAGCUAACUCUGACUUAACAAUGGCAGAAGUUUACUAAGUGCAGGUACUGUGAAAUGCCCAACAGUGUUACAGCCAUUUGGUUACAGCAGUUAAAUGCCAUGCUGGGCGAACUAUGUCAUAGAUUUCUGCUACCCUUCUCUUUUAAUGAAUAACAUGUGACUGUUAACGCAAGUAACUCCUCUUAUUUAUUGUUCAACUUUCAUUUUUCCUAAGGAAAUGACUUCUGCAUAUCAUCCUGUGAGCAGCUCUUCAGAGAAGUACCUUGAAAGUUAUACCUAUUUAACGUGAAACCUAUUAACUGGAGUAAUUAAAACUCUUUUAUUUUUCCAAUAAAUCCACUGAGUUAAAUAAGUUGGAGCUGGAAUUCUGAACUUUGUGCCUGGACUGUCUGAUUAGCUGAAAAACAAAACAAAACAAAACAAAACAAAACAAAACAAAAAAAAAACGGGGAUAUCUAUUUAAGUCUCUCAGCUAAUUAGCCGGCUGGGCCUCUGACCUAAGACAGCAACAAACAAAUACCACAAGUUCAUAACUUCUAACGCAACUGCAAGAGAAACUCUUAAAAGCCGCACAUUUGUGCACCAUUGCUAUCAACAUGGCUUUGUCAGUAGCUAAUACUUUCUGUGAAGGCACCAGCUUGUGAUGUGCCAUCUCAUUUCACCUUGCAUGUGAGACGGCAAACAAAAUCCUCAAACAGUGUGAACUAGUUAAUAUGCCGGCUGUUACCAUGCAUAAAUUAUGGUCUUAUCACACGGGUUUUUCGUGGGAAUAUAUCUGUGAAUAGCCUGUUUUCUUCCACAUGUAAAUUUGUGCCUUACACCCUCAGUUGUGUAUAAUUGUGAGCUGUAGUAUGUAAAACCUUUUUCUUUUUCUCCUUGGAGUAAUGCAAAUAUUUAUUGGUCCUUCCUCCUCUAAGCCCUCUCAAGAAUCAGACAGAGCAAAGACAUUCAAAGAAGAAUGUAGUGGCUGUUGGCACAACCCCAUGUCCCUCAAGAUACGGGCCAGUGCCGAACCCUCCAGGUCAGUCCCACUUUCAGCUGUGCCAAGUCCUCUCCCGAAACCACCCUCCAGCUGUGCUGCCCCAAAGGCACCGUGCCGCCCUUCCCUGCCUCCCGUGCCCCGUCUACAGUGAUCAUUCUCCCUGGGCAGCAGAGAAGCCACAAACAACCUUGUCCCCUGGGGCUGGCGUAUUGCCUGGCUGGGGACAGGCACCAGCGAGUGGUGCCAAGCCCCGCAGCACACCCAGUCACACGUCCCGCAGCACGCAGGGCACACGGAGCUAGGACAGGCAGGCAGGCUCCUGCUGCAGCUACCUGCUGCUCCAGAAGGAUGCUGCAUAUACUCCUCUGGGAAAAAAAAAAUGUAUUUUUUUUCUUUGUUUCUUUUGUGUGACUGUGCAUGUAGCUAGUGUGGGAGUGUGCGCGCACACAGGUGUGUGUGUGUGUGUGUGUGCGCGCAGGCGUGUAAGUUCCUUUCCAGUCUUUCAGUUUAUGCAAAAAUGUAGAUGUGUUUUUAAUCUGUUACAAUAACUGUGUCAACAUACUGUAGACAAACGAUGGGGAUCGCUUCUAAGCUUUUUAUAUAUAUAUAUAUAUCUACUGAACAGUAUGUUUGAGUAAGGUGGUUGUUUCUGUUUCAAUUUGUUUUUUAAAAUUUUAUACUUCCAUUUGUUUUUCAGGGUUUUGGUUUUGUUUCUGAAUGACUGAAAAGACAGAUUUUAAGUCCAUUAGCUUAUAGAUGGUAUAUAUAAAGUCUGGAUGGUCUAGACCAAAGUGUGUAACAAGGGUGCUUGCAUGUUCUUUCAUUUCAUCAUGGCUUCUUUUAUGAAAUAAUUGUGUUCACCCUUAGUGAACUAUGCAGACUGGAGUAGAUAGAUCUGUAUCCAAAGCAAUGGUGUUGUUUUAAUAAAAACAAACAAACAAACAACAACAACAACAACAACAACAAAAAAAAAAAAAAAAAAAAAAAAAAAAACAACUUUGAAAACUGUAGGUAGCAAGGUCAUUUUUGAAGAGAACCCACUCACAACUCUCUCACCAAGCUCCAAACCCCCUGAGUACCAAAUGCACAGGCCCCAUUGCUAUGACUCAGCAAAGCGUCCUGUCAAAAUGCAGAAGUGAAUAAUCACAGCAGCAGCUUGUACAGCAACCUGCCUUUGUAAUAUACAUCUUGUCCGCUACCAGCUUGACCUUGAAAUUCUCAUUUGGUACUCAGUGGGUCUUCUCUGCUUGUCCUUCCCUGUCACUGGUUCCCUUCCACCCCUUGUUUUGAGGGGUUCAUAAACCUAUGUGUGCCUUUGCUUUCCACCCUUGCUAUACACUGGUAGAUGCAACAAAUUCAGACUCUCAUUUGUUGUAAAGUUGUAGAGUAUCGUGAUGUCACCAGUUUCCCUACAUUUCCACAUCCCCCUAACAUCUGAUUCACAACUUAAUGUAUGUUGUAAAAAAAAAUAAAAAAGAAAAGAAAAAAAAAAAAAAGGAAAAAAAAAAACAAAGAGAGAGAGAGAAAACAAGAAAGAUAAAGAAAGAAAUGAGAAGAUAAAGGGAAAUAAAAGCUCUUGAUUACAUAUGGUAAUAAAACCAGACUGUUCUACUUUA